UCAGAUUUUCACCCGUAAAAUCUACCAAGCAAAAGAUUCAAUCUCCUUCUCCUCUCUGUUUCCCAACGCCGGCAAUGGGGUUCCCAGCCAACGGCUCAGCCGACAAGCAGCUCAAGUUCUUGAUCUAUGGCCGUACCGGUUGGAUCGGCGGUUUGCUGGGGAAGCUCUGUGAAUCCCAGGGAAUUCAAUACCACUACGGAUCUGGACGCCUCGAGAACCGCAAUUCCCUGGAAGCCGACAUAGCUGCCGUCAACCCCAGCCACGUCUUCAAUGCCGCCGGAGUCACUGGCCGUCCCAACGUCGACUGGUGCGAAUCGCAUAAGGUGGAGACCAUCAGGACUAAUGUAGUCGGCACCCUGACCCUCGCCGAUGUCUGCAGGGAGAAAGGUUUGAUUUUGAUUAACUACGCCACCGGCUGCAUCUUCGAGUACGAUGCCAAUCACCCGCUCGGUUCCGGCAUCGGGUUCAAGGAAGAGGACACCCCGAAUUUCACCGGCUCUUUCUACUCCAAGACCAAGGCCAUGGUGGAGGAUCUGCUGAAGAAUUAUGAGAAUGUUUGUACCUUGCGAGUUAGAAUGCCAAUCUCCUCUGAUUUGUCUAACCCUCGUAACUUCAUCACCAAGAUCACUCGAUAUGAGAAGGUGGUCAACAUUCCUAACUCGAUGACUAUCCUGGAUGAACUCCUUCCCAUUUCCAUUGAGAUGGCAAAGAGGAACCUCACUGGAAUCUGGAACUUUACAAAUCCUGGAGUGGUGAGUCACAAUGAGAUCUUAGAGAUGUACAGGGAGCAUAUUGAUCCCACCUUCACCUGGAAGAACUUUACCCUGGAAGAGCAGGCCAAGGUGAUUGUUGCCCCAAGGAGCAAUAAUGAACUUGAUGCCACCAAAUUGAAGAAUGAAUUCCCUGAAAUGCUUUCCAUUAAGGACUCUCUUAUUAAGUAUGUCUUUGAGCCGAAUAAGAAGACUGCUGCUUUACACAUCUGACGGACGCAGGAAAUUCCUGGGGAUCAAUCCACGUUCCUGUGUAGCUGGUUAAGUUUGUUGUCAGGUGAAUGAAAAUAGCAGUGGAGCACUGGGGCUUGAAAAUUCUGGGUUUGAAUUCUUUGAUUUUCCUUUUUGCUAUUUAUUAUUGAAUUCGGUUCAUAUGAGCUGAUGUGGUACCUCCUCCACAGGUUGCUCUUCCCAAAUGACACUGAAAAUUUAUGGUAUUUGUAUUUGAAUGUUGUAUUCAUAUUAGAGUAUGAAUAAUGUCAGAAUUUCUUU